AUGCCUUUCCGCGACCAGGAAUGGGAGGAACUGCAGCGCGACUGCGACAUCUUCCCCGCCUAUUCAGAUUUCCUUUAUGGACCGGACCCACGCAUUAUAACAACACAAGAGCCUGGUCUACACCCUAUGAUAUAUCCCAUAGAUGCCUCUGCACCUAUUCGGUACACUAACAGUAUGCCAUCGCGAGCUUGGUCGCACAAGACCACGGAAGACCUCGAGAAGUCGAAGAAUGCUACCGCGCAAACGCUCUUGGCUGGACAGAACGAGCCUGGCAGCGACAUGAUCGGAGCAAACAAUGGUAGAAAUACACCCGGCUCCUAUGUACACUCCCAAACUGGUAGUCUCCUAAACCCGCUGCUACCACCACAGAGCGUUUGCACUAUCUCUGAGGAGGACAUGGCGCGACGAAAGACGUUGAAUGCAUCACGGCGCCGUCGCCGGUCUCAAACAGUGGUCCCUUUUAGUCCUUCGCAGCAGCAACAGCCUGUAGGAAUGACUGGGCACCAGAUGUACACUAGGAAUACUCCAGUCAUACACAGUGCGGACGUUGAGCCACAACAGCCAUCUUUCCUGCGCUCAUCUUCUACUACCGAUAUCGACGAGACUCUAGCGCAGAUGGGCUCGCGUCAAAAGUCUGAUGCUUUUUCGCCUUUCGCGUUACAGACAUCGAUGCUGCCCCCACCCGCAAAUCUAUCUCAACGCCAGCAGAUAUCUCUCCUCCAACCGAAUGAUAUAUUGCGCAACUCUCGCUACGACUGCAUCAAUCCCGCUAAGCGCUUGGAGAUUGCAAAGGUCCUUGUUGACCGUUGGGUCGUCGUGCGAAACUCUGCUGCAGAUGACGCUCUAGGGGUAAAGGCCAUGUCGGACAUUCGAAACAUCACCAGAAUGGUCAACAAUUCAGUCAUCAAUAUACAAGCUGCGAUGGAUCUGCAACAACAGAGGAUACAGCAGCUCCAUAUGCAGGCGGUUCCAGAGAGAGCGCAGACGGACCAUAUACAGCAUAUUCAACAACUCCAACCUACUACUCAAACUCCGCAGGGAUAUGCCCAACCUCAGCCCCAACAGGGCAUCUGGUCCGCUCAACUCACCCAGUCAUCUCCAACCCAACCAUUCCAGCAGCCAGCUUCGCAAGAAUCAUACUGCAGUAUUCCUCAAGCUUCUCAACAAAUGCAGGUGCCUCAACAAUCAACACUCCAAGGCUAUCAAACACAUCAACAGCCACAGCAGCAAAACCAGGACCAGUACGAGCAAUCUACAAGCCAAAACACCACUCUAAGCCCUGCACAAGUCCGCGCAAACAUCAGUCGCCACACUCCAGAAAUGUGGCAGAAUUUUCUGAUUACCCAAAACACCUCAUUGCCUCUGCAGGACAGGAUGAACGCGCGUCAGUGGAUGGUAAGUUUCAAGAACAAUCUACCAGUUGAAGCUCAUACGUACGUGGUGCAAGUUUUGCAAAGGGCGAUGCGGGAGCACAGUCAGGGAAGGGAUGCUUUAGCAUUCCUUGAGACGGUGAAUAUGGAAAGCAAUUUGUCUGACGGUGGUGAGUCGAAGCAGACCGGUACGCAGGAUGGCCUGUAG